AUGACUCGACCAUUAAUUGAGGAAAGUCACAAGAUGACAGGAUUCGAUCCUGUCAACCCACUCCCUCCAGUGGUUGAAACUUCAUUUUUUUCUUUCUCUUUCCAAGAUUUAUUUAUUUUUCAAACGAUUUUAUUUCUUUCUUUUUUCUUUCUUUUUUUUAGCUUAUUUUUUUCAGAUAUAUUAGAUCUAUCUUUCUUUUCAUUUUUUCUUUUUCUUCUUUCUUUCUUUCUUUCUUCCUUUCAUAUAUUAGAUCUAUCUUUUUGUUUUUUUCUUCUUUUUUCUUCUUUCUUUCUUUCUUUCUUUCAUCCAUUCUUUCUUUCUUUCUUUCAUCCAUUCUUUCUUUCUUUCUUUCUUUUUUUAGCCCUAUUUUCUUCAGCUAUAUUAGAUCUAUCUUUUGUUUUCACUUUCUUCUUUUUCUUUCUUUCAUCCAUUCUUUCUUUCUUUCUUUCUUUUUUUAGCCUUAUUUUCUUCAGAUAUAUUAGAUCUAUCUUUUGUUUUCACUUUCUUCUUUUUCUUCUUUCUUUCUUUCUUUCUUUCUUUCUUUCUUUCAUCCAUUCUUUCUUUCUUUCAUCCAUUCUUUCUUUCUUUUUUUAG